AUGAGCGUAGUGAGCUCUACAUUCCACGGGAGGGGUGAACGGCGGAGUGUGCUGGGGUCAUGGGUUGGGUAUGAGGCGUCGUCGAUGGUUGGCGACGUCGCCGGCGAAUCGGAGAAGAUUCACGUCUCCAUCAAGAUGAGGCCGCUAAACGAGAAGGAAAAGGCGAAGAACGACGUUUCUGAUUGGGAAUGCAUGCCCCAUCGCUCCAUGCUCCCUGCCGCCUUCACAUUCGAUAGAGUGUUCGGCGGACUCCGGCACGAAGCCAGUCUACGAGGAAGCGGCGAAGAAAGUCGCUCUCUCCAUCGUCAGCGGCGUCAAUGGUAA